UCCCACGGCAACCCACCAGGGCUCCAGCCGACCACCCCGAGCGAGCCCCACGCAGCGGUGGCCGGGGGGGCCCCGAGGACGGCCACCCGCCUCGGUGGCACCGGGCUGGCGCAGGAGCCCUGCUUGUGGCACCCGAGGUCUCCAGCGCUCAGCAAACCUGGCGCUUCCCUCCCCGAAACCACCCUGAGAGUGCUCCCGGGCAGUUUUGACAGCUGGGGUGGGGCCGUCCUCACCUCCAGGAAGCUCAGGGGAUAAAGCUGAGGUUCGGAUCUGGCCUCGCAGGGUCCAAGAUAAGCAAAGGGCAGGGCAGGCAGCGACCUGCCCCGCGCAGCGCUGAGCUGUGCAGCCCGGCACCGGGCGGAUCCUGCCCUGCCCGCGGCCGUGACCGUGAUGCUCAGCAGGGGACCACGGCUUCGGGUGGCCCUGGUAGGGAGGACAAGGAGUAGGAGGACCUCUGGACCCAGCCAGCACCCCCGGUCCUCGGACGCUGCUCCUCUGCCUGGCUGGAAAAGAGAAACUCCUGCAACCCCCCCCUUGGUGACAUCUUGAAGACAGCUCCUCGGCUGGGAGCGCGCACCGGAGCUGGACACCAGAUUUUGGGAAGCAGCCUGCCAGGUUUCGGAGAGCAGCCCACGGCCGCAGCAGCUCCCCUGGGUGCAGCACGGGAGCGAGGGGCUGAUGCGUGGGGAUCGCCUUGGGCUCCCCACGUGCCCGUGUCCCCCCUCGGACGGCGCUCACGCUGCAGGGGACGCUGCCCGAGCAGAGCCAGCCCUCGGACUAUGAGCAGCGCCUUGGCUCUUUGUGGGCUUGAGAGGUCGCUGAGCACCGCUCCCCAAGGCUGUGAAGGCAGCCGGCAGGAUGCUGACGGCACCGCUCGGGCAGCCCUGUGGCUGCGGGGUGCCCAAAGGGGACGCAGGUGACAGUUUGCAGGGGACGGGGACGAGAGGUGGCCAGGGCUGCCAUCACCUCGGGGACCUGCCGGCCCCGGCCCCGCUGCAGGAGGGGCACACGGGGCUGCUGGCAGGGCAGGCGAGCAGCAGGGAGCCCCAUGGGCUCGGCGGUGAUGCCCCGGACCCCGAACUCACCGGAGGCAGCCUGGCCGUGGGGGCCGAGCACGCAGCCCCCCCCAAAUACCCCGACUCCGCCCCGGAGCUGCUCCCCACUGCCGCCAGCCCCACGGCUGACCCCAGCCAGGAGUGGAGGGUGGUGAAGAUCAAGAGAGUCCUCAUCAAUCCCGCCAGCGAGCCGAGGAAAGCGAGUCUCUCCCGCAGCUCCAGCCUCUCGGAGAAGGAGCUGAAGGAGGCGAGGGCGCGGAGCCGCAGGAUCGUGGCGCAGCUCACCACGGCGCCCGGCCCCAGCUCCAAGGGCGUGCUGCUCUUCCACCGCCGCAAGCAGCGCGUCGACGGGCUCACCGGCACCGGCGCGGGGCAUGGCACGGGGCUGCCGCUGAGCCCGGCGCCUCGGCAAGGAGCCAUGGAGGAGGGCGAGGGGCACGGCACCCGGGGGACACCGCCGGAGCCUGCUGAUGACCAGCAGGUCCCGCUGAGCAUCUACCUGAAGGAGAACAUGGCACCGGCCGCCACCAAUGGCCUGCACGAGAGGGAGCGGGCAGAGGGAGAAGUAGGGAAGCUCGGGGGGAUGCAGGAUGGCAUUGGGGUGAGCGUGGCUGCUCCCGUUCCACCGCAGAACGUGCACGUCCCCGAGCAGAAGAACGGCGAGGUGCCCAGUGCGCCCAUGGGGGCAGGUAGCACGCCCAUGGGGACAGCCAGCGUGACCAUAGGGACAGGGAAUGCACCUGUGGGGACGGCCAGCAUAACCAUGGGGACAGGUAACACACCUGUGGGGACGGCCAGCGUGACCAUGGGGACAGGCAACGCAGCUGUGGAGAUGCCCAGUGUGCCCAUGGGGACAGCCAACACACCGAUGGGGACGGCAAACGCACCCAUGGGGACAGCCAGCGUGCCCAUGGGGAUGCCAAGUGAGCCCAUGGGGAUGCCCAGCGCACCCGUGGGGACAGCCAGCUCACCCAUGGGGACAGCCAGCGCACCCAUGGGGACAGCCACCCCAGCUGGGCAGGCGCAGAACGGCGCACGGAGCAGGCAGUACUACGAGGUCCACCUCACCCUGGCCAAGCCCAAGCCUGUGAAGAACCGGACGGCCAGGCCGUUCGGCACCCAGAAGGCCACGACACCAAGCCAGGGGCCGAGCCAGCCCCCCGAGCGAGCCCCCGCUGCCGCCGAGCUGCCCCCUCCGCCCACCUAUGCGGAGACGCUGGGCAGCCCCCCGCCGCUCAGCAGGGUCCGCUCGCCCCCUGCCUACUCGGCCCUGUACCCCCCUGUGGAGCAGAAGGUGCUGCAGAGCCCCGUCCACGGGGUUGGGGCAGUGCCCCCUCUGCCCAAAACGGGCAUCCUGGAGGAGUCGGCGGCCCGCAGGGCCCACAAGAAGUCCAUGUUCACCUUCGUCGAGAAGCCGAAGCUGGGCCCCAACCCUGACCUGCUGGAUUUGGUGCAGAGCGCGGACAUCAGGAAGAAGCAGAAGGAGCACGGGGAGCCCGGUGCCGAGGACGAGCCCUUCGCCCUGGGGGCAGAAGCCUCCAACUUCGUCCCCAGCAGCGCAGCCAGGGGCGGGCAGCACCUCCCGCCGGCCGACGAUGCUCCGGCGUGGUCGUCCUGCCUCAAGUCCCCCACCAUCCAGCCGAAGCCGAAGCCGCAGCCCAGCCACAACCUCACCGAAGCCAGAGGGAAGGGAGCCGAGCUCUUCGCCCGCAGGCAGUCCCGCAUGGAGAAGUUCAUCAUCGAGGCUCCCUCCCAGCCCGACCUGCUCCGCUCCCCGUCGCCCACCAUGUCCCUGCCUCCCUCCUGGAAGUACGAUGCCAACGCUUGCCUGUCACCCAUGGUCUCCAGGCACCCCGUCAAGAGUCCCUGCAGGCCCUCCAAAACCCCCCCGGCGUCUCUUUACGGCAGCGCCCUGACGGAGAACGAGGUCUCCCAGAAGGAGCUGGAGAUCUCCAAGCACCAGCCCUACCAGCUCCAGUCUUCGCUCUUCAUCCUCUCCCCAUCCAAAGGGCCGCCGAGGUCCGUGCCCCGGGAGGUGCCACCGCCCAGACCCUCCCUCCCCGACGCCUACCCCUGCCCUCAGCGAACGUCCUGCCCGACCUCUCCGUUGCCUCCUUCCCCCGUUUGGCACCCUCCUGCGGUGCCCGGGGCCGGCGGGGCGGCCUCCAGCCCCUUCCCCAGUGCCACCGGGGCUCUGCCCCUGCCUCCGGGCAGCCACCCUGCUCCCGGAGCCCCGGCGGAGCUGCUGCUGGCCUCGCCGUGCCGCCGAGUGAAGGGGGGCUUCCAGGCGCCCCGACCCUCCUACUCCACCAGGAACGCGGGGAUCGAGCCGCAGGACAGGCGGCCGUCCCUCCCCGCCUCGCCCACCUGGACGCCCCGGUCUGCGCGGCGCCAGGGCAGCCUGGACGGCUGGGCCAGCCCGGCCUCGGUGCCCGAGCUGGACGAGGGCCCCCCCAGGUCCCCGCCGUGGAGCGAGCGGUCGCUGUCCCCGCUGCAGCAGGACGCCGACCCCCGGGCCAGCCGGCAGAUGCAAGCGCGGCUCGCCAGGAACAUCAUCAACGCUGCCCGCAGGAAGAGCUCCUCGCCCAAAGCCGUGGGGACGGAGGGCUCCCGGCCCUUCACCCCCCCGGCCACCAGCCCCCGGGCCGUGGGGUCCCCCAGCUUGCCACGAUCCCCCCGGCCGGAGGGGUGCAGAGCCCCGGCCCCGCAGGCUGCCACCUCCGCCUGCAGCGUGCUGGCCGCACCGGGCAGCCCCUCGCCCACCUACAAGAGCCCCCUGCCAUCGCCCCGGGUGGACGGGUCCCGCUCCUGUGCCUCCCCCGGGGUGUCCCGAGCCACCUGGGCAGAGGGACGCCGGCUCCUGCUGUCACCUGGCGCUGCCGGGCCGUCCCCGACCCCCAAGAGCCCCCUGCCAUCGCCGGUGGUGGGCGCGCGGUCCCCCGCCAAGCGCUACAGCUCCCGGUCCCCGACGGACUCGGACGUCUCCCUCGACUCCGAAGACUCGGGGGCCAAGAGCCCGGGCAUCCACAGCUUCAACCUGUGUCCCCGCGGCUGGACCGGGAGCCUGCGGCUGAAGCCGGGGGGGCUGCCUUCGGGGGCCCCCUGCACCUCCUAGAGCAGCCAGCCCCGGCCACGCCGCACCGCCAGCCCCCUGUGGUGCCACCCGAGGGUGGCAAGGGGCGAGGGACGGUGCCCCCGCAGCGGGUCCCCAGGCAGGGAGAGGCACGGACGAGGGCUGGGGAUGCGCGGAGCGUCCCCGUCCCCAUCGGCGUGCCGCCGGGGUCAGCUGCCUCCCACCUGCCCGCGGUCCCAUGGCCCAGCUCUAUUUUUACCAGCCUAACCUUUCGGGGCAGGACUGCGUGGUCAGCAGGGAGAGCAGGGCAGCUGGCGGGGGGGGGACACAGCCCCUGGACGUCCCCUGUGCCCGGCGCCCCCCAGCUCCGGUUUCCCGGGGUGGCCCUGGCAGCGCUGGCACCCGCGGGGUCACCGCGCGCCCCUCGGGUGGGUACCGUGGCCGGGACACCCUGCCCCAGCAGGGUCUGACCCUGCGGGUCCGGCUGGUUUCAGCCGAAACCAGAUCUCGAGGAGGAAAAGUUCAUGUUUUGUUCCCCCGAUCCCCAAAUCCUGCUCGCUUUUCUUUCAACCUUUGACCCUUUCUCCAUGGAAUUCCCCCCCAGAUUCUUCCCCAGUGACGAUGAAGAGAGCCAAAGUUAUUUAUUGCCAUGCCGAGGGGCCCGUGGGCAGGUUACCUCCCACUGCGCCCGGGCAAAGAGAGGGCCAGCGCCACCCCCAGCACUGUCACUGUCCCCAGCACUGUCGCUGUCCCCAGCCCCGGGCUCACCCCAUCCCCACCCUGCGGGACCGAGGGACCUGGCAGGGGCAGAGGGCACAGUGACAGGGGGGCUGUGGGGGUCAGAAGGAAGCGGUACAGGUUGCAGAGGGUUUGAGGGAGGUCUCGGUGCGGGAGGUGUUGCUGAGAGGGUCUCGGGGACAGGUCGGGGGCUCCCUGCAUGGGGCAGAGCUCGAGGGCACAGUGCUGGCGGGUGGGUGCUCAGGGUGAUGGGGGGGGAGGGCAGCAGGGUAGGCACGGUUACGUGGCAGAGCCCGGGGAGGGCAAUAACGGGCCCCCACAGUGCUUCCCCCCCGAGUAGGAGCCGGUCUGGGGUGCUGGGAGAUGCCAAGGCAGUGACCCUCCACAGCCCCUCGCCCAGGGGGGGUGCGGCGUGCACGAGGGCUGUUGGGGCACGGCCCCAGGUCACCCCAUCCCUUCCCCUGGGGCACGCCGUGGGGGCAACCCCGUCCCUGGUCCCUGCCCCUCCGCCCCCCAGGAGCUGCCCUUCCCCACCGCCUUCGCCACCCAGUUGUGUACCCAGCUCAGCAAUAAAGGGCCGUUAUCCCACCCGUUA